AUGUCCGUGUACGAGGAGGAGAUAGGAAGAGGGAUCAAGGGUAGGGUGAGAAGAGAAACCCUCCGUAUGUGGCAGGAGAGUUGGACAAACGACGCUGUCGGAAGGGUGACGCACACGCUGAUCCCCGACGCCUACCGAAAUUUACACAUAAACAAAUAUUUAGAUUUAUUAAAACAUGAAAACUUAAAUAAACUGAUUCCAAACGAAUUAAUAAAUAAGGAAACUGUAACUGCAAUUACAAUCUUACCAAAAUCAACAGCAAUCGAACCAACAUUAAUAGAACCAACAAAAAAAUCAACGUCAACAACAAUGGAACCAACAUCAACAGCAAUCGAACCAACAGUAAUGGAACCAACAGGAAUAGAACCAACAAACAAAUCAACGUCAACAACAAUGGAACCAACAUCAACAGCAAUCGAACCAACAGUAGUGGAACCAACAAACGAAUCAACGUCAACAACAAUGGAACUAACAUCAACAGCAAUGGAAUCAACAGUAAUGAAACCAACAAACGAAUCAUCGUCAUCAACAAUAGAAACAAGAUCAACAGCAAUCGAACCAACAGUAAUGGAACCAACAAACGAAUCAAUUUCAACAAUAAUGGAACCAACAUCAACAGCAAACGAACCAACAGUAAUGGAACCAACAGGAAUAGAACCAACAAACAAAUCAACGUCAACAACAAUGGAACCAACAUCAACAGCAAUCGAACCAACAGUAGUGGAACCAACAAACGAAUCAUCGUCAACGACAAUGGAACCAACAUCAACAGCAAUCGAUCCAACAGUAACAGAACUAACAAACGAAUCAAAGUCAACAACAAUGAAACCAACAUCAACAGCAAACGAACCAACAGGAACAGAACCUGCAAACGAAUCAACGUCAACAACAAUGGAACCAACAUCAACAGCAAUCGAACUAACAGUAAUGGAGCCAACAAACGAAUCAACGUCAACAACAAUGGAAGCAACAUCAACAGCAAAUGAACCAACAGUAAUGGAAUCAACAGGAAUAGAACCAACAAACAAAUCACCGUCAACAACAAUGGAACCAACAGCAACAGCAAUCAAACCAACAGUAAUGGAACCAACAAACGAAUCAUCGUCAACAACAAAGGAACCAACAUCAACAGGAAACGAACCAACAGGAAUAGAACCAACAAACGAAUCAACGUCAACAACAAUGGAACCAACAUCAACAGCAAUCGAAUCAACAGUAAUGAAACUAACAAACGAAUCAUCGUCAACAACAAUGGAACCAACAUCAACAGCAAUCGAACCAACAGUAACAGAACUAACAAACGAAUCAAAGUCAACAACAAUGGAACCAACAUCAACAGCAAACGAACCAACAGGAAUAGAACCAACAAACGAAUCAACGUCAACAACAAUGGAACCAACAUCAACAGCAAUCGAACCAACAGUAAUGGAACCAACAGGAAUAGAACCAACAAACAAAUCAACGUCAACAACAAUGGAACCAACAUCAACAGCAAUCGAAGCAACAGUAAUGGAACCAACAAUCGAAUCAGCGUCAACAACAAUGGAAGCAACAUCAACAGCAAUCGAACCGACAUCAUCAACAAUCGGACUAACGUCAACAACAAUUGAACCAACAUCAACAACUAUUAAUCCAACAUUAACUACAAUCGAAUCAAAAACAAUGGAACCAACAUCAACAGCAAUGGAAUCAACAGUAAUGAAACCAUCAAACGAAUCCUCGUCAACAACAAUGGAACCAAGAUCAACAGCAAUCGAACCAACAGUAACAGAACCAACAAACGAAUCAAAGUCAACAACAAUGGGACCAACAUCAACAGCAAACGAACCAACAGUAAUGGAAUCAACAGGAAUAGAACCAACAAACAAAUCAACGUCAACAACAAUGGAACCAACAGCAACAGCAAUCGAACCAACAAAUGAAUCAUCGUCAACAACAAAGGAACCAAUAUCAACAGGAAACGAACCAACAGGAAUAGAACCAACAAACGAAUCAACGUCAACAACAAUGGAACAAUUAUCAACAACAAUUGAACCAACGACAACAGCAAUCGAACCGAAAUCAUCAACAAUCGUUCCAACGUCAACACCAAUUGAAAAAACAUCUAUGGGAUUUUUAUUCCUAUUUGUAUUUUCAUUAAUUUUAAGUCUAUGUCCAUUCAUAUUCCUAUGUUAAUCAAUUUACAUUUUAAAACUUAUAUUUAUUAACCUUCAUGAAGUUCAUGAAGUUUAAAUAAUAAUAAAAAUAAUUUAAAUUAAUAAAAAUUCUGUUCGAAAAUAAAGUGUAUUCAAAGUUUUUCAAUGACGAGAGUGUUUAGGCCAUGUAAACAUAAAUAUUUCAGUUAAUUUGACAUUUUUUUUGUUUCUCUUUGAAAAAUUGAAGCACAUUAUCCUAUGGCCAGCAGAAUUAACUACACGGAAAAAUUUUUUGACUAUCUUCUGAACUAUGCUUAGUAAUUUAAAUGCACCUUAACCUAUAGAUAACAGAAAUAUCAGUUUUGGGUGUGAUGUUUUGUUAAAUCUUAGUAAUAUUGUUCUCUCACGCGUAAGGUACAUAUGUUGUACCUUAAAGACAUUAUACACUGAAUAUACAAAUGUCAACUGCAAAUGGAAAUUGAUUAAAUAAAUUCUAUAUCUGGUAAUUAAUUUCUACUUGAAGUUCAGGUUAAAAAAGUUAAUCCAAUCUUGCAAAUUAAUAAAAAAUAGGAUUUUAUUAAAGGUUAUUAAAAAUUUUGUCAUUUAAAAUUUUAUUUUACUUUAUGUACAAGGUUAUUUUAUUAUAAAUUUUUUGUACCUUAUUAUUGUUGCUAUUUUUAUUAUUAUAAACUAAUUUAAUGUGUAAUUUUAAUUCAUAACAUAUCAUUUAAAAUAUAUUUUUCUCGAAAAAUAAUUAAUUAUGUGCUUAAAAUAGUUAUCUCUAUUAAAGUAAUUACAUUUAUUAUUUAUAUUAUAUUUAUUUAUUAUAAUAUUUAUAUUUAUUAUUAUAAUUACAUUUAUUAUUUAAUUAUUAAAUACUGCUUCAAUAAAGUU